UUGAUAAAUUGAAAGGAUAAUUUAGCGGAGCAAACAGUGACGUUGAGCUGUGGAGAAGAAAAUAAGAGGCGGUCCGGUGCCGAGCAACUCUUGUGGCGGCUAUUUGAUUUUGUUGGAAUCUCAAAUCAGCCACCAGGAGAUUCAGUAAAACCCGACCCGUCACCUCAGGGGAAGAGAAAGUUCAUGGCGUCGAUAUCCUUGUUCAGCUCUAAAACCCUAGUCUUACCGUCGGCGACCUACCUACCAAUCUCUUCUUCGUCUACAAACCAUACUUGCUGUUUUGGUGGCUGCAGAUGCUCUUUCCCAAACAAGCCAAUUUCUACUUCUAAUUUGAUCAUUGGCAGAAGGAGAACGGGGAGGCAGGUGGUUCGUAUGGCCCCGGAGGAAGAGAAGCUCACUCGUCGCAAUCCUCUCGAUUUCCCAAUUGAGUGGGAGAGGCCUAAGCCAGGACGUAGACCAGACAUCUUUCCGCAAUUUAGCCCCAUGAAAACACCGUUGCCACCACCAUUGCCAUGUGAUCCCCCAGAAGAAGAUGAGGAGGAGGAAGAGAAGAAAGAGGAAGAAGAGGAAAAUCCUGACAAGGAAAAUCCAGAUGAGCCUGAGAAGCAGUAGAUGUCCUUGAAGAACUCCUUGAGUUCCUUUCCCUUUUUCCAUCUCCACAUUGUUUUUUGAUAGGCUGAAAGCAUUAGAUAUCCCUAGGGGAUGAUGAGCUGAGAUAGUUUACAAUGAACCAAACAUAUUUGAGAGCUGCCACUGAUAUUGCAAUUCUAUAUCAAGUUAAAAAUCUCUUUAGGAUUUCCUAUUCUCUUGAGUUUCAACCCCCACUUUAGGCAAUGUAUUUUACGAAUAAUUAUCAUGAAUGAUAUGCCUUCUCUCCCGUUUCCAGUCCUUAAUGCCUAGUAUGUUUAAAUUCUA